AUGCGCCUUAUCUCUUCCUGCUUUCUAGUUGCUCUUUUCUCAAACUCCUGGGCGGCGCCGACGUGUGAAGCCAACUCAUUCUGCUAUUAUCCCGACGAUUUCACAAAGAUAACUGUGACAAGAGCCGGCAAUUUUGUGAAUUUAAAAAUUUGGGAUGAGAAAUCGACGGUAGGCACUGUGAACUUUGUCCAGAAAAGUGUAAGAAUCAUAUUCCGAAUGGCAUCAUCGAAACCUGUUUUGCAGGGUAAAGAGAUAGCAGUGAACUGUGGAGAAGGAUCAUCUACAGUUAGUAAAAAAGAUGGAAUCACUUCAUGCGUUGCUCAACUUUCUGUUGAUCAGUUCGACAAAGUACGCAUCCGUUGACUUCUUCUGAACCAGAAACAUUUUGCACUUUCAGAACUUGCCAGUCUCCAUUAAGCUAGCCGACAGCAGGACGUCCGACUCUUUCUCAGUGGACUCGCUUCUUCCUCCUCUUCAAGAAGGACUUACCAAGGAUCAGAGACGACAGUUCUCGAAAGCGCACGCCAUUCUCAUGAUCAUCGGAUGGCUGUUCUUCGUGCCUUCCGGAUUCUUGUUCGCUCGACUCGGAAGAGAUUUGUUCACAGAACACAAACUUUUCGGGAAUGCAAUCUGGUUUCAGGUACUCGCAGGGACAAUCUGAAAUCAAACUGAAAUAAUUUGUUGACAGGUUCACAGAGCCGCCAACUUUAUGGGAGUGGUGUGCAUCUGCGCCUCGAUGCUUUGCAUCUUCAUUUCUCAGCAAUGGACAUGGAAGGGAACCGGCUCGGGAUCCAAGUACUGGACGGAAGUGCACACCGAUCUGGGAGUCAUCUCGGCUGUCUUGGCAGUUGCACAACCAAUCAACAGCUUGUUCAGGUGAGUUGCUCGCUGAUUUCCGUGAUUUUAAAGUUUUGACUUCAAGAUGUGGACCCACCCAUUCGCGAAGAAUCAUCUUCAACUGGGCUCACAGAUGCGUUGGAAUUGCUUCGUUUUCCCUCGCCCUGACUGCCAUCAUUAUCGCCGCCCUUCAAUUCAAAAGAAUCUGGAAUGAGCCGCUCCUCGAGCUUGUGCUCAGUUGCCUUCCGAUCGUUAUUUGUCUGGUCGCCACCAUCGCAUUUUCAGUCAUCGAAAGUGAUCGAUUCCGCGGAAAAAGCUCCUACGGGGUAAGAGAAUCGUUAAGAUGAAAGAAAGAAGACAAGUAGAAGUGGAAAUGAACUCUUGAAACUUCAGGAGAUCAGAACCCGCAUGAGACUAUUGAAAAUCCGACGCGCGAGAGACGACUCGGUAUCUUUUUGUCCACUUGCCUAGCUUUUCCAACUAACAUAACUAACCAAAGAGAGGGAGAGAAACUGGUGAAAUGUAUCGUAGAAGUAACCAUAGAGUUGUACUGUAGGCGGAGGACUCCAUGGUGACUCCACUCAUUACGGACACCGACUUUGACGAGAACUCGAAGCCCGUCCGGGCGCCAAUGGUACUGCAGCUCAUGUCCGUUUUUGUCGGUUCGCGAAGAACGGAUUGUCCACGUUUUCUUGCCGUCCGAGCCUUCUGAUUUCCUCCCGUUUUCAGGCCCAUGUUCUGAAGGCGCCGCUCUUUCUGGUCGAUCGGAGUCUUCUUCUGCACCGCCGUCGCUCUCUCUCUACUUGUCGUCAACGGCUACAAGAACGCCUGAAUCUUCCUGAAUCUCAUGAAAUCUUUCAAAUACGGGCAUCUCUCUUCUCAUUCCGAUUAUCAUUAUCUGAAUAAACUUGUACUAUCUUCGAUGAAAUUAUCAGUUUUAAGUCUGUGUAUCCGCCAAAUUUUUCGAAUAACCCCCUCGCACGGUGAUUUUUUCUGGGUGCGCAGUGGAGAGAGGAAGAAAGUUCGGUCCUCGUCCCGUGAACUGUCGGCUGCUAAUUUCGCCGGUCGGCGGCACGCUCCCCAAGCCUUUUUCCGCGCGCCAAAACUUCUGAUGCGUGCUGUUCGAAGAAUACUGAUUAGUUUCACUUGAUUUUUUGGAAUUAAGUUAAUUGUGAUGUAAACUAACAAAGAGACACAAGAAGCACGCACGAGCAGCCAUUUUUCGAAAAAAGCUAUUUUUCCACUAACCUAUAGACAUUUCUGCGAGUUUUUUGUUGCUCUUUGUUAGUUUUGAUUAUAAUGAACGCGUUCACUAUGACAAUGAAUAAGAUGAAUAAGUAUUUCUCCGGCGGCGCGCAUCUACAGGAAAUCACCGUGUCUCGUUUUGCCACUGAUGUCCUCUCGGCGGUCACUCCGAUUACCAUUCCGAUGAUGACAAUUCCAACGGCUAUUUAUGCGACAGCUACUAUCAAAAUGAGAGAGAGAAUCGACCAAAAUGAUGUACUACACUCUUCUCCUACUCGUAAUAGUGUCCGGUUCUCUGGCUGCUCCCAAAUGCGAUUCCAACGCAUUCUGUUUCUCUCCAGAUUCCACAGCUAACAUCACUAUUUCUUGUAGCCAAAAUGAGAAUUUGAUAAGUUUAACAUGGAAAACAUUCCGGAAGGCUUCGGCAGUUGAGAUGAGAAAUGGCGUAAGUUUUUAUAGAGCAGCUUCUCCGAAUGUUUGGCUAAUUUAGAAGAACAGUUAUGAAUUUCUAUGUGGAUAUCCCCGGUCGUCAAUUUCGAACGGAAAGCUCGAUUUGAAGCAGUUCAGACUGGAAACAUUGGAGAACAUGAUGUUAUGCCAAGUUGACUUUUAUCAGAAUCGCGGAAUUCAGCAGGUAUGCGAACAUCUGAAUAUGUGAAAUCAAAGAUCAAAUUGCAGAAUGAGUCAUCGUUUCUGAAAUGGAACAAUCUGGAUUCGGAUGCAUUCACUUUCCACAAUAUUUGUAAUCCAAAAAGUGGAGGGAAUGAGCAAGGAAUUCAAACGUCUUCUAGUCAAACUCCAUGGUAAGCCGCCAGAGUAUCUGUGCACCCAUCCCAUCCGAUUCCAGCAAUCCUCAUGCUCCUCGGCUGGAUCUUCUUCGUUCCCACCGGUUUCUGUUUGCCAGAUUCGGAAAGGAUCUUUUCAAAGAUCGCAAACUGGUCGGGAUGCCGGUUUGGUUCCAGAUCCACCGUUCCUCCACUUUCGUCGGCGUCUCCUGCAUCUGCGUCUCCAUGUUCUGCAUAUUCUUUUCCACGAACUGGACCUGGAAGGGAACGGGAUCGAGUGCCUGGUACUGGACCCAAUGGCACACUGAUCUGGGGACCAUCUCUUCUGUUUUGGCUGUUUCUCAACCCCUAAGCAGUCUUUUAAGGUUGGAAAUUGGUUAAUUUAGAAGUGAAAUGUGGAACUUCAGAUGUCCUCCAACUAAUUCGUAGCGUUCCGUUUUCAAUUGGGCUCAUCGAGUUGUCGGCAUCGUCUCGUACACUUUCGCAGGUUUGCCCCCAUAAUUCACUGGACUGAAAUUUGAAAUGUUAAGUGGCUGCGAUCUACGUUGCCGCUGCCAACUAUCGAAAGACGUGGUCUGAGCCAGUUAUGGAGAUCGCUCUGGCCAGUGUGCCCACUAUUUUCUGCUUAGGCACGGGACUGAUGCUGCCGUAUUUGGAACGGAAGAGAAGAAAUGAUGAGUACAAGGCGGUGGAAAUGGUAAAAGGAAUGAGUCAGCGGACAGCAUGAGAAGGUGGACUUGCAGAAUGAGAAAUCGGUGACGCCGUCUCCGCCAGAAGAUCCGCAUCUCGUGCGAACAGCGUGGAUGUUCCUGGUCAUCGGAACCUGCUUCGGCGCUGCCACGUCACUGUCUCUUCUGGUAGCCAACGGGUUCAAGAGCGGAUGA